UUGUCAGCGCGCACUGCCGGGAGCUCGCACUUCUUCCAGCCUCCUGCGGGCUCUGGACUUGACUCUGACUGCAGCGCUGGUCGCGGGGACGCGGAUCUAGGGCCUUUGUCCGGAGCUGCGGGAUGCGCGGGAAGCGCCACGCAGCAGAGUAGCUGUGCGCCAGGGAAGCGGGUCCCCGAGCCGAAGAACACCGCCCAGCAGUGCUGGGGGCUCCUGGGGAUGGAUGCGAGGCCGCCGCGUGCGAGUUCCCACCUGGAUGUGUGACGUGUGGCUGUGCCAGCCCUCCUAGUGAGACCUGGUACUGAAGACAGACACUGGACAGGCCCAGCUCAGCCCACUGGGUUCCAGAAGUGGAUUGAAGCCCUAGCAGGAACAUGAGCGAGGACACGGUCCCUGAGGCGGCCUCGCCGCCACCCUCUCAAGGACAGCACUACUUUGACCGGUUCUCUGAGGAUGACCCUGAAUACUUGCGCCUUCGCAACCGUGCAGCCGACCUGCGGCAGGACUUCAACCUGAUGGAGCAGAAGAAGCGGGUCACCAUGAUCCUGCAGAGCCCCUCUUUCAGGGAGGAGCUGGAAGGUCUCAUCCAGGAACAGAUGAAGAAGGGCAACAAUUCCUCCAACAUCUGGGCGCUACGACAGAUCGCGGACUUCAUGGCCAGCACCUCCCACGCAGUCUUCCCAGCUUCUUCCAUGAACUUCUCCAUGAUGACGCCCAUCAAUGACCUCCACACUGCUGACUCCCUGAACCUGGCCAAGGGGGAGAGGCUUAUGCGGUGCAAGAUCAGCAGUGUCUACCGCCUCCUGGACCUCUAUGGCUGGGCACAGCUCAGCGACACCUAUGUCACGAUGAGAGUGAGCAAGGAGCAGGACCACUUCCUGAUCAGCCCCAAGGGGGUUUCCUGCAGUGAGGUCACGGCAUCUAGCCUGAUCAAGGUGAACAUUCUGGGAGAGGUGGUGGAGAAGGGCAGCAGCUGCUUCCCCGUGGACACCACAGGCUUCAGUCUGCACUCGGCCAUCUAUGCCGCCAGACCUGACGUGCGGUGUGCCAUCCACCUGCACACCCCUGCCACAGCUGCGGUGUCAGCUAUGAAGUGCGGCCUCCUGCCUGUCUCCCAUAAUGCCCUGCUGGUGGGGGACAUGGCCUACUAUGACUUCAAUGGGGAAAUGGAGCAGGAAGCAGAUCGAAUCAACUUGCAGAAGUGCCUUGGACCCACCUGCAAGAUCCUGGUGCUGAGAAACCAUGGCAUGGUCGCUCUGGGUGACACCGUGGAGGAGGCUUUCUAUAAGGUCUUCCACCUACAGGCUGCGUGUGAGGUACAGGUGUCGGCUCUGUCCAGCGCUGGAGGAACUGAGAACCUCAUCCUCCUGGAGCAAGAGAAACACCGGCCGCAUGAGGUGGGCUCUGUGCAGUGGGCAGGCAGCACCUUUGGGCCAAUGCAGAAGAGCCGGCUGGGAGAGCAUGAGUUCGAAGCCCUCAUGAGGAUGCUGGACAACUUAGGCUACAGAACAGGCUACACCUACCGGCACCCCUUUGUCCAAGAGAAAACCAAACACAAAAGUGAAGUGGAGAUCCCGGCCACAGUCACUGCCUUCGUGUUUGAAGAGGACGGCGCCCCAGUGCCUGCCCUGCGCCAGCAUGCCCAGAAACAGCAGAAGGAGAAGACCCGCUGGCUUAACACGCCCAACACCUACCUGCGGGUGAACGUGGCCGACGAGGUGCAGAGGAACAUGGGCAGUCCCCGGCCCAAGACCACGUGGAUGAAAGCUGACGAGGUGGAGAAGUCCAGCAGUGGCAUGCCCAUACGGAUCGAAAACCCAAACCAAUUUGUGCCUCUCUACACCGACCCCCAAGAAGUACUGGACAUGAGGAACAAGAUUCGAGAACAAAACCGACAAGACAUAAAGUCUGCAGGGCCUCAGUCCCAGCUCUUGGCCAGCGUCAUCGCGGAGAAGAGCCGGAGCCCGUCUACAGAGAGCCAGCUGAUGUCCAAGGAUGACGCAGAUACCAAAGAUGAAUCCGAGGAGACAGUGCCCAACCCCUUCAGCCAACUCACCGACCAGGAGCUGGAGGAGUACAAGAAGGAGGUGGAAAGGAAGAAACUAGAACAGGAACAGGAAGGGGAGAAGGACACUGCCACAGAAGAGCCUGGCUCACCUGUAAAGUCCACACCUGCAUCUCCGGUGAAGAGCCCGACAAAAGCGGGGACCGAGAGUCCGGCAGUUUCUCCUUCCAAGGCUUCAGAGGAUGCCAAGAAGACAGAAGAUGGUGAAGCCACCACAGAGCCCGAGCCAGCGAAACCGGAAGGGGUGGUGGUUAACGGGAAGGAGGAGGAGCCGAGUGCGGAAGAGGUCCUCAGCAAAGGACUGGGCCAGAUGACCACCAACGCUGACACUGAUGGUGACAGCCAGAAGGACAAAACCGAGUCAGUUACGAGCGGCCCCUUGUCCCCAGAGGGCUCGCCCUCCAAGUCACCCUCCAAAAAGAAAAAGAAAUUCCGAACCCCCUCCUUCCUGAAGAAGAGCAAGAAGAAGGAGAAGGUGGAAUCCUGAUCAGUGGCUCCUGCUGCAUCCCUGCCCUCCUUCCCUGCCCUUCUCCCAACUCUGCCCCUGGAGCCCAGGGCCAGUGAGGGAUAGAGAAGGACCUGGGAUCACACUCAGAGGGGAGCUUAGAGGCAGCCUUCCCAGAGCGGCCAGGUGUCCUGCCCACAGUCACAGUUAGUUGGUGGCGGAGCCCACCCUAGAUUUGAGCUUCCUGACUCCCACGGUCAUGCUCUGUCCUCUGUUCAACACUGCCUAGUCCUGGGCUGCCUCUGUUAGGACACCACCUGCCAGCCUGAGCCCAGGGCAGGAAGGCCAAGCACCGGGCAUGGUCACGGAUGCUCAUAGGCCAAGGCUUCCCCUGAGUAAGGUCCAUCUCUUCCCAGGAAUCCUGCCUCUUGCUGAUGGAACUGUCUCCACAGCAAGAAGCCAUACUUCUCUCUUCCAUUUUGGGUCCCUUCCCCUGCUCAAAGUAACCAGGCAAACUGACCUGCUUCCCCUCCCCACAACAGAAGUUAAUCUCUGAUCCCCAGGCUGAUGGCUUAGCUUGUACUUUUCCAAACACUAAUCCUGAGCUUUUGACAUGGAACCCAUUGAGUGAUGGAUGGAAGAACCUAAGAACAGACAGAGAGAGGGCAAGCCAAGUCAGCUUAAUGAGUGGACAGGGGGCCAUCCAUCUAAGAGCCUAGGCUCCUGGCCUGUCUGUAUUGUACAUCUCACAGGCUACAAAAUUCAACCUAACUGUAGCAUAAGAAAAAGUCCCAUGCUCAGGGCAGGAAGUCGAGGACAUCUAAAUCUUGUGCUGGUGUUAAGUUAUGUGAAGGGGUCAAAUGCCACUUUGGCUUUGCAUGGUUUGCAGAGCGGCACCUGCCUCGAUCUUGCCUUGCAGCCAGGUGUCCUUUGGCCCUCCCUCAUGCCCAGGAGCCCCUGCCCAUAGACCAGAGCAUCUUACUCUUGGCACCUUGACCUUGGCUCUUUGGGUCCCAACUCUGAAUUACCGGAGGUCCAGCAAAGGACAGAAAUGAGUCUUUCUUGGUUAAUUCUCUCUCACCAGCUUUCAGAGACACGCCUGGCAUUCCUAACACUCUCUUGCAUCCCUGGCUUGGUGAUAGGCACAGCUGUAACAUUAAGUGCCAACACCAUUUUUCCAUAUCCUCCCAAGGAGUAGUGUUGGCUAAUGAGCAUUUCUGGCUCCAAGACAAUCCAUCUUCCUUAAAGCACAGCGUCUUCAAAGAGCAUUUCUCUUUUUGUUCUGAUUAUUGUAAAGGUAUUUUUGAAAUUUCUUGACUCAUUUUUCACUUUGCACACUUGCUGUCUAUAGACACCAUACAGGCUUUACCUUCUGCCCUCUCAAUACCCCAUUCCUCCCUUUUCGUGGUAAGGAAACUGAACCCCAUCGGGGUAAUUGACUUGCUGAGCAAGAUCUGAAGGCUGGAUUUGAACCCAGGUCAAUCUGAGCCAAGCUCUUCCCAAUUGUGGUGAAUGGACAGAGGCUUUGGCCCAUUAGCCAUUUCUGCAACUGGUCUUGGCUGUGUGGCGUCAGCACUUGCCAUGAUGUUAGAGAGAUCACCUGUUGUUGCCCUAAGUGAUUCAGUCAGCUGCUGGUGAUUGGGUGGUGGUGAGAUCUCUGCCCCCUGACAACAGAGAGCUGAACCCUCUGGCUGCAGCAGGAAAUCCCACCACACUUGGCUGGCUGUCUCUUAAGCAGAUCUGAGAACCCAGGGCUGAUUUGUGGCUGCUGCCCAGGCCCCAUUUUCGUUCUGCUUACUGGUUGGGUCAAGUCUAAUGACAGACAACCCAAUGCCCCUGUGUGUGAAUGCUCAGAAUUCUGUCUUCCUGCAGGAACUGCCUUCUUAGGAAUAAGAUCGCACAUUUAUUCAUUCAUUUUUCCCUGAAUGUUCAUUAACUAUCCACUUGUAUCAGACACUUAAAAGAAAGAUAAGAGGUGUCAACCUCGAAGAGGCAGCAUUUAUGAGCUGGUGCUCAGGAUGAAGUCCAUUGUCUCUGCCCAACAUGCUCCCUUUAUUACCUUUAUGACAGCGAGGCUUGCUUAGGGUAAAAUGUCAGAGCUUUGCUGGAGUGUUACCGUUGGGGUCAAAGCCAUGAGUUCAGCUCAUAGUCACCCAUCUGCUGAUUCCUUGUAUGUUCAGGAAACACUCAUCUGUGAGCAUGUGCGAUAUGUAGACAAGAUACAGAGCAGGCAGGGCACACAGGUGGGCCAGGGCAGCAAUGACUGACCAUCCAGUCUUCUGGGGGUGGGCACAGGGAAGCCUUCCAGAAAAUUGAUGGCUGAAUUGGGUUUUAAAAACAGAAACUUGGGAAAAACAAGUCAGCAGAAGUGGACAGAUGUGAGAGCAUAGGACUCCACACUCUGUCCUUCUGGGUCACAUGGAACUGUCAGAGCAUUAUGAGAAACGUGAAAGAAGUGGUUUACAUCCCAGGUAGGCAGGGCUGAGUCAUAAGAAGACUUGUAGACAGUGUGCAAGACCUGGAUUUUACCAUGUCCCGGACACUGAGGGCUGUUAAUUAGGGUAGAAUCAUAAAUAGAAGGGUGUUGUCGAGUCCCUUUGGUGACCCAAUGGGGAGUGUGUGGGUAAGGCUGCCGACUGAUCUCCUGCUGUAUUCUCCCCCACUGCACCAGUUUCUAGCUUAGAAUUCCUCUCGUGGAAUUUUUGGGAUUAAAAACAUCUGAAGAUUUCAACGAGCUAAUAAUGCUGGGUUCACAGCUCAGGCCCUAUUUUGAUUUGGGAUGAGAUCAUGGGAGUAUAAAGACAUUUCAUCUAUUUCCUUCUUCCCUUGUACAUAAAGGAUGCGCCGUGCACAGCCCUGAGGACUGUAGAAACGGCUGUGCAGCCCAGACACAGCAUUUCUUUGGCUCUGUGUAAAAGUUGUUUCAAGGUUCAGCUGAUGGGGAGGGGUGUGUAAGCUCAGAGUUUACUGGUCACCAGCUUGUUUCUCACUGAGCCACUGCAAUUGCCACUGAGAAGGGUAUUGGUGCUACUGUGUGACCAGCUGAUUGGAAAAUGAAGCGGCUUCUUGACCUGUCUCCCCAUCCAGCUGUACAGUAGGGCAGAGGCCAUCCUGGCUCCCGUGAUGUCACAUGCUUGGAGCAGUUGUGAUCUGUGAGGGCUACCCGUUUUGUGUGAUCACCGCCCCAACUGCACUCCAGCCUGGGUCUGGCCUCUCUUCAUCCGACCCAAGGCCUGGUCCCCCUUAAACCAUUGGAAGAGCCAGAUGCCGCUUGGUAAUGAGUAUCAAGUCCUUGCUCUGUGGACAGAGGAUGUGAGGGACAUGGAUGAGGGCCACAAGUCUCUCACAAACCCACCGUAAGGCACUGCUCUGAGCACCCAAUCAUGGAGACCAUGCCUGAACCUAGCCCCUGUGGGAUGGCAGCGUGGCCACAGGGCCACUGCUCUUGUUAAUGUGAGCAGAAACGCUAAAAUGUGUCUGAAGGAACCAUGGGCCCCUGAGUAUAAAAGUUUAGAGCUACAUUUGGACUUCUCGGGAAUGUUUGCUUAGGGACAGGACACGGCCCUCUGGAGGCCACUGUGCCAGGCCUUUUCAUAGGUGUGAGUUUUAUGUCUUAGUUCUAAACCAAAUGUAAUGAGUUCUUGACAGCCAAACAGGACUAUUGAAGCAUUCACCCCUUGCUCAUUUUAUACAUGUGGUCCCACAAAUACCCCAGGCUCUUGGCAUAGUUACCACCCACUGUGGCCAGAGAGGCCAUGAGGCUUCUUACAGCAUUUCUUAUCACUAAGCCCAACUGAACUCUCUAUGACCCCCAUAUAAUUCAGAAAACCUGAGAGCUGAGUGAAAUGCCAGUUAUCUGCUCUCUAUUCCCAUGGAUGGGAUAGGGUACCUCACAGCUUAACAGGCCAUCAUGCCUGCUCCGCAGGUGAUUUAAUAUGAAAAGGAGGGGUCCAGAAGCAACUGAAAUUCUCGAAACAUGUCCACUUGUUUUCUGUGUGCACACCCUCUUUCUCCAAUGUGAGGAGGCUCCCACAGUGCUGUGACUACUUCCCAGGACCCUAUCUAAUCAGGAUGAGGUGUUCUUCCUGUCAGAAAUGAGAGGUCACAUAUAGAGCCCAGUUCCCAAGGCUCCUGACUCCCUUCUGUCCCUUACUGAGGAAGCCACCUUGUGCAGAAGUCUGUGGGGAUCUCACACAGUGGGGUGUCCUUCAGUGGACAAAGGGUCAUCUUUGCACUGGCAGUGCCCUGGUAGGCUUCUUCCCACAGGGACAAGACUCAGUAUUUGGGUGUCCCUAGAAAGUAUGGAAGUCAUGUCCUGCCUCGUUCACAUAGGGGUUGCAUUAGGUUUUUGCCAAGCUGACUUUUGUGCCAGUGGUCUUCAAGAUUCUCCUACAAAUUGGGUCAUCACUUUGAGAACUUAGGGCCAGAGAUAGAGGGGGUUCAUGAUGCCGGGGGGGGGGGCUCAAGUGCAGGCUAGCCUGGGAAGGCAGAGUCUUCCAUGGGAGUCAGGUCUUCAGCCCCUUCCUCACCCUUUCUGUCCCAUGCACCUGGGUAAGGCUGGACCCUGAAGAUCCUUCCCAUGUCUCUUGGGUAGAGAUGACAUCACCAAAACUCAAGGAAUCUUGGGAAGGACCUAAACUCUUCUCCCCUUCAGCAAACCAGCCUGUGGUUUAAUUCUCCCCUUUAACAUGAACCAGGGUGGCAGCUGGACCUAAGCCAGGGGGUCUCACUUGGGAAACACCACAGACCCUUGUAUGAUGGCAAUAAGUUUGGGGAAGCCCCAGACCCUCAUUUCAAUGCCACCUUGUGCCUGUGGGUCUUACUGUGUUGGUGACUCAUACCACAAGAUUGCCCUGUCUGUAAAUUCCUUAAACUGCUAAAGGUGAUGAGAGGUUAGGCAGAGUGGGAGAGGCAGGCACCACGGGGUGCAGGGUCACGGGAACCCAGGCUGGCCAGGGAGUGCAGUGUCUUCGUAAGUAAUGCUGUGGGUGGUGUUGGUGAAAUGUCUGUCGGACAAUCGUCACAUGAGAGUACGACUUCCUGUCUUCCCUUGUACAUAGGCUGUCUGUGUUUGGCUUUUCCUAGUACUGUGAGGUUUUGAAGAGGGAUUCCAUGUAAUACUCUGUGCUGUGACAUGCCACCCUCCCCCGAGAUCACACAUCUUCCCCACAAACGGUUCUGCCUUUCUGUAUGCUAACACAUUGAGCCACUGACGUGCAGCUGGAUGGCUAGGCUCUGGGGUUUUAUUUUGCAAUUUUAUAUAUAUAUAUACAUAUAUAAUAUAUAUAUUUAUGGGUUGGUUUUAUAUGGUUUUCUGUUUGAAUCUAUGAGCAACAAAGCUCCCCUUUGAUUUUCAUGAGAACUUUCCAAAGGCCUUUUUCUGCUUUGGUAUCUGACUGUGUUUGGGGUGGACUCUGCCCGUGGGUUUCUCCGUGUGUGCUGUUAUUUCACCUACAGAUCUUACCCUAGUAAACCAGAUGUGCUUGGCUUCCCAA